AUGGGCAGCCUUACGGCCGUCCGUGCAAGAGUGCUACCUGCACUUGUCACAACAAAAAAUGCCGGAUAUUUGGUGCCCGAACAGGACCUGGGACACGAUACUGGCAUGGUACCUGUCACGGUCACGUUCUUUGUCUGGUCUGCGCUGGACCAGACAAAGAACAGGAAUCCUGUUGGGGGCAUGUUGGGGGCAUGGUCUGCGCCCGCGCAAGCAGCCUGGUCUGCAGCAGACCAGGGUGUGGGCUGGAUUCAUGGCCGUAGUAGCCUGCCCACACCCUGGUCUGCUGCAGACCAGGCUGCUUGCGCGGGCGCAGACCAUGCCCCCAACAUGCCCCCAACAGGAUUCCUGUUCUUUGUCUGGUCCAGCGCAGACCAGACAAAGAACGUGACCGUGACAGGUCCUGUUCGGGCACCAAAUAUCCGGCAUUUCUUGUCGUGUGUCCUCCUCCUUGCCACCUUGACCUCGCCCAACUGCUGCCCAACUGCCCCCUCGACAAUCUCAACAUGCCCAAGGCAUCCCAAAGGACGCCCUAAACCCCUUAAUUUGAAUUCUGGUACUGUGGUUCAAGUCCCUGGCACCAGUCCUUUCCCAAUACAUUACAAAUACAACUCAUUCUUUCCCCUUGCCCUUGCCCUUGCCCUUGCCCUUGCCCUUGCCCUUGAGUCUGGUGGCUAG